UGGAGGACCCUUUGUUUACAGUGUGUAUGGGCUGUGGCGGUGAAACAGGUGCUCCGCGCACACACGCGCACGCACUCACGGAUUCUUGUGCAAAAUCUGGCAAAGUAUGUCUGAAAACGUGCAAAAAUAGUCAAAACACUAGAAUGCACGAUUCUAAAAUAGAUACAUCUUUGUUACAUAACAUUUUACAGAAUACUGUACCAUGUCGUGUGCGCGUUAGAUUGGAACCCAACGCACGUCUGCCACUUGUACGCGUGCGCGUAAAAAAAAAAAAAAAAAAAAAACUCCAAAGGAGAGAAAGGCGUUCCUCAGUCAUUCUUCCACUGUCAGUGCUUCCCCCAACGUGCCUCCCGCUUCUCCGAGGGAGUAAAAUGUUUUGUUUUGUUUUUUAGUUUUCAGUCCCCUCCUCAAUCAUCCUCUUCUUCUCCGCAACCCUUUUUGUCCAUCCUUUUUUUUUUUUUUUUUGAAGAGUUGUCUGCAACUAAAGUAUGCGGUGGAAUGCGCCGCGCGAGAGCUUGGCCAUGCGGGAGGAGAGCGCUUUUUGGGUGAGCACUGACAGAUGGAAGAAGUGAAAAAGAAGACAUCGCCCGGAAUGCGUCCCUCCUUGCUGAUGAUUUGGGGAGCUUUACUCUUCAACUUCAGGCUCGUGGACGCAAAGGAGCACGACCCCCGGUCAUCGUCCAACAUGUCUCCGUCCGACUUCCUGGACUCGCUCAUGGGUCGAACGUCAGGCUACGACGCGCGAAUACGACCCAAUUUUAAAGGUGCCCCCGUAAACGUUACAUGCAAUAUUUUUAUCAACAGCUUCGGCUCGGUCACGGAGACAACCAUGGAUUACAGAGUGAAUAUCUUCCUGCGGCAGAAGUGGAAUGACCCCCGGCUGGCGUACAGCAAAUACCCAGACUCCUCCCUGGACCUGGACCCGUCCAUGUUGGACUCCAUUUGGAAACCCGACCUCUUCUUUGCCAACGAGAAGGGCGCCAACUUCCACGACGUAACCACGGACAACAAGCUUCUGAGGAUCUUUAAGAACGGCAACGUCCUCUACAGUAUCAGGUUGACUCUCAUCCUGUCCUGCCCGAUGGAUCUGAAGAACUUCCCUAUGGAUGUCCAGACGUGUACGAUGCAACUGGAGAGUUUCGGCUACACCAUGAACGACCUGAUCUUCGAGUGGCUGGAGAACGGCGCCGUGCAGGUGUCAGACGGUCUGACUCUGCCUCAGUUCAUCAUGAGGGAGGAGAAGGAGCUGGGCUACUGUACUAAGCACUACAAUACGGGCAAGUUUACUUGCAUCGAGGUGAAAUUCCAUCUGGAGCGUCAGAUGGGCUACUACCUGAUCCAGAUGUACAUCCCCUCCCUCCUCAUUGUCAUCCUCUCGUGGGUGUCCUUUUGGAUCAACAUGGACGCCGCCCCUGCUCGAGUGGCGCUUGGUAUUACCACCGUGCUCACCAUGACCACUCAAAGCUCGGGCUCGAGAGCUUCGCUUCCAAAAGUUUCCUACGUGAAAGCCAUUGACAUCUGGAUGGCGGUGUGCCUGCUCUUUGUAUUUGCGGCAUUGCUCGAAUAUGCCGGGGUUAAUUUCGUCUCCAGGCAACAGAAAGAGUUCCUCCGCUUGAGGCGAAGACAAAGGAAGAAUCACAAGGAUGAAGACAUGCGUGACGGACGCUUUAAUUUCGCUGGCUACAAUAUGAACCAGUGUCUGCCAAGCAAGGACGGCUCAGCUGUUAAGAAUGCUGCUCCGGCCGCAAACCCUCAGCCGUCUGGCCCCAAAGACACUGACAACAUGAAGAAGAAGUUUGUGGACCGAGCCAAGAGGAUCGACACCAUCUCUCGAGCCGCCUUCCCUCUGGCCUUCCUCAUCUUCAACGUCUUUUACUGGAUCACCUAUAAGAUCAUCAGGCACGAGGACAUCGACAAAAAGUAACGACUGCGCUCUUCUGCUUGUUUCUCAGACUUAAGAUUAUUGAGGAGCGCUGCCAAGUUCUUUCAGGGAUAAAAAGUCUCAUGUUCGUGAACCUUACGGGAAUGUUCAGGUUGUACGGCUGCAAAUACUGAAUUAGGGAAAACUUGGGGGGGUGGGCAGGUGGGGGGACUCAAGGUUUAGUAGCAUUCCGGUUACGGUGGACCAAAUCUUUUUCUAACCCUUCUUUGCCUUGAGGUCUGUACAACUAAGAUACAAUUUGUAACUGUGCGGUAACUUCGUUUGAAACUCUGAGACUUUUCCAGGUUGCCACGGGAGGAACUUCUUAUCGAAAGGGAUUUGUUUUGUAUCCUACGACUGUCACAACACUUCCUUUAAAGACAAUAUACUGUAAAGAGAAAGUUGUAUUAUAUAAGAGACGCAAAAGCACAUGCGGCCAUGUUAUAUUAUGGAUAUGCGUUUGUAAUAAUUCAAGGAUCUCCCGAUUAAAAGGGGUCUUACCAGGUUAAAA